AUGAGCGUGGAUGUUGCUUUGGCCAUGGUUUCCAUUAGACCUAUUCCUCUUGGUCCAAUCAUGGAGAAGCUGUCACUGUCAACUGAAAACUAUGGGAGUAGCCGGCGGUUUUUCAUUCAAACGCUGGAUGAUCAUGCACUUUCACCAGAUAUCCAAGAAAAGCUUGUGAGGCAAAACCCACCCGAAGGAGUCUUCAAGAUCAAAGGCAGUGAUCAUUGUCCUUUCUUUUCAAAGCCGCAGUCAUUGCACAAAAUUUUGCUUGAAAUUGCUCAAAUUCCGUAG